ACAGUGGGUGGCCUGGCAGGCAGAGCUGCUGUGGUCAGCCGUUGAAAGCGAGCCUCAUCACCACCAUGAACUUCUCUGGCAAGUACCAACUGCAGAGCCAAGAGAACUUUGAGCCCUUCAUGAAGGCAAUUGGUCUGCCUGAGGACCUCAUCCAGAAGGGGAAGGACAUCAAGGGGGUGUCAGAAAUCGUACAUGAAGGGAAGAAAGUCAAACUCACCAUCAUUUACGGGCCCAAAGUGUUCCAUAACGAAUUCACCUUGGGAGAGGAAUGUGAACUGGAGAUCAUGAGCGGGGAAAAGGUCAAGGCGGUGGUAAAGAUGGAAGGUGACAAUAAAAUGGUGACAAGUUUCAAAGGCAUGAAGUCUGUGACUGAACUCAAUGGAGACACAAUCACCAAUACCAUGACCCUGGGCGACAUUGUCUACAAGAGAGUCAGCAAGAGGAUUUAGACAAGGCUGCAUUUCAUAUUCUUUUACAGUGUAAAAUUAAUGCAAUAAAGUUAACUUUGUUUUGAAA